AUGACGAACGAUCCAAGUCUCGAACAAGCCAACCGAAUCCUAAGAAGGUCAUCCUACGGCGUGCAAACGCGAUGUGUGAUCUUUCCCAUCUUUGUUCCUGGUCACUGGAUGCUUGGUAUCCUCGAUUUUACCCACCAGUGUUACGUCUUCUACGACUCGUUGCACAGUCCCCGUCCGACAGUCCUGACGACCUUGCAACGCUUUGUCGAUACCCUGGAUGGGCGUCAAGGUCAAUUACACGGCAUGGAGAUUCCUGGACCCCAACAACAUAACGGCUACGAUUGCGGAGUCUUCGUUUGUAUUGCUGCAAAGCAAUUCAUUCAGACCUACAGCGCUGGCCCUUUUGAGCAUGACGACAUGGCAGUUUGGCGAUUGCACAUCCUCAACUGCAUUGCUCACUUACUGCCAUUGGCGCCCCGGCUUUAA